AUGGCUCUGUUGCUUUCAAGCACAGGAGUGGCCGAAAGGACCUCGGUUCCCCAGCACCCCGCACCGGCGAGACAAAGCUUACCCCGUACUUCAACGGAUCCACGGCUUCCACGAUCGUGGCUCCUGGCCGCUGUGCCGUUGACGGCUGCAACGUGUCGGGUGUCCCGGCAUCAAAGGUGUCAAACCUUGCGAAAAGCACGGGCUCCGGAAGCAGAUUCGGAGACACCCCGACGAGUAGCACUGACGGUGUUGGGGACGGCUGUAACUGUGACAGGGGUUGAUGCAGCCUUCCGAGCUUCUGACGAGAGAUACGCUGCACUUGGUACAAUUCUGGCACCAGCACCUUACAAGGAAACGCUUCGAACCGAGCUUGUUCCUGGACGCAUCUGGGGCUUCGAGCAGUGCAUCGCCUUGGCAUCUGUUUCGACCAACAUCCGCAUGACUGCCGUGAAGCUGCGGGACGGCGGGCUGUGGGUUUCGGCACCGAUAGCUCCAACACGGCAGUGCUUGCGCCUGUUGGAUGAGCUUGGGAAGGUGGCUCAUCUGGUGAUCCCUUCCACGGCUUUGGAGCAUAAAGCUUCCAUAGCGGAGUUUUCACGCGCGUAUCCGAAAGCAGAAAUCUGGGUGACGCCGGGCCAGGCUCCUCCAAUUACCGUUCCCAGCAACAGCCGCAUCCUAGGCCAAGGUCCUGCACCGGUGUGGGCUGACGAGCUGGACUGCAAGAUAUUUUAUGUUUCUCCGCCCAUUACGGACACAUUUGCCGAAGCGGUGUUCUUCCACAAGGAAACCCGCAGCCUACUGGUCACAGAUUGUGCACUCAAGUUGCCGUCAGCAGCACCAAAGAUCCUCGAAAGCUACGGCUACGACGGGACUCCAGGGCCUAUCUCGUUAGACCAAUGGAGGUACAAAGCGAUCGCUUUCGAUUUCGUGACCGGGCGCAACCAGGACGAGAAGGACUUCGCGGCACUUUCGCGACCAGCAGCUUUGGUCAACCCGCUGUUGCGAUUCAUCGUUUAUCGGCGUUGUCCGGAGCAAGCGGCUGCCGGCCUGGGUGAAGGAUGUUGCCAGGCCCAGGGUGGCCAUUUGUCCGCAUCAUUCCGGCGCAUUUACAGGCUCCUUUUGAUUGCACACCAGCUCAAUUCUUGGAGGCGCUUUACGCAGAUGUCUGCUGGGCAAGAUACUCAGCGGAAGUUCGACAAGUGUGCCAGCGCGGUUGCCCUCUACGAGCAGAAGAUGUCAGAUUACGAUGCCUGGCGUGAUCGGGUGAUGGAGGCGCCACGCACAGAGCUUGCGAGGCGGCGCGAUUGGCUGACGUCUCAACAAGGGCACUCGCUCGCCAGCUCCUCGGAUGACGGGCAGCUGAUAGCAUCUGAAGAUGCAAAAGAUCUGGAAGCGCAGAGCAUGGCACAGGCGCUCUUGCUGACAGUCGCUGCUUUCCUUCUUGUCCGUCUUGCGAGCUGCGAUGCAGAUGCUGCCCCCAACAGCACAAAGGUUGGAAUGAAAGUCACUGGCCAGGACAAUUCAACCUCCAGCUCUAUCAAUGGAACCAAUGGAACAGGGAUCUUGGAGGAGGUCAUGGACAUCGAAUCUCGGCCCAUGUUCGGCAUGGUUCUUGGCGGGUUGGUUGCCAUUUGUGCAGUCAUCUCCUUUUGGCAGUGCUUCAAGUGGCUGACAGGGCCAAAGCGAACGCCGGCACCUCUUCUGGCUGAUACAGAGCUGACAGAAGGGGACCCAGUGCAUGGAGAUCAACCCACCGGCUUAUGGAUGGGAGGGACUGGGCCAGCUCGUGAGCUCAUGUCCGGCACCUCCGCCGGCUUUACUCAGUUUUAG